AUGGGGAAGGAGGACGGAUUCAAGACUCAGAAGCGCGUCUCAACCGCUUCCGCCACCGCGUCCGGCGUUCUUCCGACGACGAUGGCGAGUGGCGGAGGAAGGAGAGCACCACGUGGUAAACAGAUCCAGAAGACGUUCAACAACGUGAAGAUGACUAUCCUCUGUGGUUUCGUCACCAUUCUCGUCCUCCGUGGCACAAUCGGCGUUAACCUCGGCACCUCCGACGCCGAUGCUAUUAACCAGAACCUAAUCGAAGAGACUAACCGACUUCUAGCUGAGAUCCGAUCCGAUUCGGAUCCUACCGACACGAACGAGCCUCCUGACUCGGAUCUCGACCUCAACAUGACCUACACUCUCGGACCCAAGAUCACUGACUGGGACAACCAACGAGUAAUGUGGUUAACGCAGAACCCAGAAUUUCCCAGUGUCGUCGGUGGUAAAGCUAGGGUUUUGCUGCUAACAGGUUCGCCUCCGAAACCUUGUGACAAUCCAAUUGGUGAUCAUUACCUAUUGAAGUCGGUGAAGAACAAGAUUGACUAUUGUAGGAUACACGGGAUCGAGAUUGUGUACAACAUGGCUCAUUUGGACAAGGAGCUUGCUGGGUAUUGGGCAAAGCUCCCAAUGCUCAGGAGACUGAUGCUGUCUCACCCUGAGAUCGAGUGGAUUUGGUGGAUGGACAGCGAUGCUCUGUUCACAGACAUGGUGUUCGAGAUUCCCUUGUCUAAAUACGAGAACCAUAACUUGGUUAUCCACGGGUAUCCGGAUUUGCUGUUCGAGCAGAAGUCGUGGAUCGCUCUGAACACUGGUAGCUUCUUGUUUAGGAACUGUCAGUGGUCUUUGGAUCUGUUGGACGCUUGGGCUCCGAUGGGACCAAAAGGACCGAUCAGGGAAGAAGCCGGGAAGAUUCUCACGGCGAGUCUCAAGGGAAGACCAGCGUUCGAAGCUGAUGAUCAGUCUGCAUUGAUCUAUCUGCUGCUUUCACAGAAGGACAAGUGGAUGGAGAAAGUCUUUGUGGAGAAUCAGUACUAUCUUCAUGGGUUUUGGGAAGGAUUAGUGGAUAAGUACGAGGAGAUGAUGGACAAGUAUCAUCCGGGCUUGGGAGACGAGAGAUGGCCCUUUGUUACUCAUUUCGUCGGAUGCAAACCGUGUGGGAGCUAUGCGGAUUACGCGGUUGAACGUUGCUUGAAGAGUAUGGAGAGAGCGUACAACUUUGCGGAUAAUCAGGUGCUUAAGCUUUAUGGGUUUGGUCACAGGGGAUUGCUGAGCCCUAAGAUCAAGAGGAUCAGGAACGAGACAACAUUGCCAUUGAAGUUUGUAGACCGGUUUGAUAUUCGGAGAACAACAACACCGCUCAAGUCUGAAGCACGGAGCUAG